AUGGACUCACUACACAGAUUUGCAAUCAGAUCAUGGCACUUUAUGGAUGCUUAUCACAAAGGCCUAAACAGGAGCCAAGCUGCUUGGGCAGCAAAGAAAUAUCGUGGACAUUGUGUUCUUCCUGAUUCAAUCCUCACUGAGCUCAAUGCAGCACAUAUAAUCUAG